CCAGGGUGCAGUGCGGGGCCGGCCUCCUGUCGCCAGUGCGAAGCCUUCCUGAGUUGGAGGAUUCACUAUUUCCUGGUUUGGGCCGGCAGCCAUUUUGGGGUUACAGAGAGCUCGGGCUUGCGGCGGCUGUGCUGGUAUUUGGGGGGUAGUUCCUGGGCCGCUUGGGGGGACAAUUGGUUCUUAUUCCUAUAGAAUAGAUUCGUGCCUGUGACCUUCUGUGGAGGUUCGGUUUUGUACCUUUAGUUUUAAUUUGUCCCCUGGAGCCGGGUUUGCUUGGCGAGGCGGCGGGUGUCCGGUUUUCGGUGUGUGAUUCUGCAGAAGCGGCGGGGAGAGCAGUGACAUGUCCAGCAUGAAUCCUGAGUAUGACUAUUUAUUCAAAUUGCUUCUGAUUGGAGACUCUGGUGUGGGGAAAUCUUGCCUUUUGCUUAGGUUUGCAGAUGACACAUACACAGAAAGUUACAUCAGUACAAUUGGAGUGGACUUUAAAAUCAGGACAAUAGAAUUAGAUGGAAAAACAAUUAAACUUCAGAUAUGGGAUACAGCCGGCCAGGAAAGGUUCCGAACCAUCACUUCCAGUUACUACAGAGGCGCUCAUGGCAUCAUCGUUGUUUAUGACGUUACAGAUCAGGAAUCCUUCAACAAUGUAAAGCAGUGGCUUCAGGAGAUAGAUCGUUACGCCAGUGAAAAUGUUAACAAGUUGUUGGUAGGGAACAAAUGUGACCUGACUACAAAGAAGGUAGUGGACUACACAACAGCGAAGGAAUUUGCAGAUUCCCUGGGAAUUCCAUUUUUGGAAACAAGUGCAAAGAACGCGACGAACGUAGAGCAGGCCUUCAUGACAAUGGCUGCCGAGAUCAAAAAACGAAUGGGUCCUGGAGCUACAACUGGCGGCGCAGAGAAGUCCAACGUCAAAAUCCAGAGCACUCCAGUCAAGCAGUCCGGCGGAGGUUGCUGUUAAGACGGCCUGCCCCCUAAAUCGCCCCAUUCCCUCCUCACAGCAGUGAAAUCUCAAUCUGAACCUAAGUGACAAAACAAAAAUUGCCUGAAUUGUACUGUAUGUAGCCGCACUACAACAGAAUCUUACCGUCUCCCCAAAGGUCAGCGAUUGUAAACGCUCAAUACUGACUUUUUUUAUGCCCUUGACUCAAGACAGCUAACUUCAUUUUCAGAACUGUUUAAAACCUUCACCCCCCCCCUUUCCCUCAUGUGUACUGGUUUCUCAAUACUGUGUGUAACCCUCGUUGCUUUACUAAUACCAGAAGCCCCCUUCCUUGUGGUUGGUUAAAUGACCCCCCCUUCCCCCCCUCCCCCUUUUUUUUUUUUUAUGUUUCAAUUGGCAUGUUUAGGAUUCGGGUUUAGUCUUCUGAAGAUGAAGUUCAGCCAUUUUGUAUCAAACAGCACAACAGUGUCUGUUGGUUUCCAUGCAUCAAUAAAGUUUAGUGAGAUGUUAUAUGUAAGAUCUGAUUUUGCUAGUUUUUUUCUUGUAGAGUUCUAAAUGGAAAGAUUCCACUUCUCUGAUUGGCCUCAUUGGUUGGCGGAAGAGCCUGCAGCACAUUGUGCCUCAGCGCGCCGCAGGCCCUUUCAGCAACAGAAGCGAGACUAGUUUCUUCAUACUCUGCAUAUAAUUUUGUGGCUGCAGAACAUUGUGAUUUGUUGCACAACAUGUAACAAAUAACUGAAGAAAUGUUUAAUAAAUAUUGUACGUAUUGGAAGUAAUAUCAAA